UGGCGGGAAGUGAGGGUCGGAACUCGGAAGCAAAGCUCCAUUCCGAUGUAUCCGUCUCCAUCUAUCUCAGUCUCCCUCUCCAUCUCCUAACCCUCCUCCUCUGCAGUCAGCAAUGGAGAAGCCCGACGGCCCCGGGAAGACUUGCUGGCGGAAGGAAGUGGACGUGAACUUGAAGCGGCUUCACUCUCUCCUCUUCGGGGCGGAGGCUGCCGCCGAGAGGGGCGAUUUCUCCACCGCGCAUAUCCUAGGGCUUCGCCUCCUCGGCUUCCUCGAAUCGCGGACCCGCAAAGACAUUGACGAGGCCUUCAUCCGCCCUAUCCGCCGUGAAGCUAUGUCAAACGUCGACGCUGCUCGUCAGAACCUCGUGGCCGAAUCGGAUAGACGGGCAUUUCAGCAGGCCAACAGAACUCCGGAAUGUGUGUUUCACAUGAAUGGAGAUAUUGACAUGGAGAAAAUCACUCAGUCGAAGUACUUCUGUGCUCUUUAUCAACAGGCUAAAAGGGAUGCUACCAGCGAAACGAAUGAUCCGCCACCCAGGAAGGGAAAGUCAGAGUAUGAUACAUCCCGUGUUAUCUCCCAAGCAAAUUUGGCAUCUUUGUACGGAAACAACCUCAGUAGACGAAGCAAUUACCCAUCAAAGAGUUCUAUUGCCUCCAAAAGUAAUUGCUCCCCCUCACAAGGCAUACUUCUAGAUAAGGCCCCUUCUUACAACCAUCAUAAGGAUUCCCCUCCUUUUCCAUUCUCAAAAGUUGAAGAUGAAGAAAGACCUCAUACUACUGCUUUAGGGUCAAAAUGCAUGCACAUGGAAAUCAAAAGCCCCAGUUAUGACGACGAAAAUUUGCCAUCGAAAAUGGAAGAAGCUAAUGCAGAGGCACCUGCCAGCGGAUUUAUGACUGCAAAAACCAAAUUGGUAAUGGAUACAAGACAAAAGCGAAGUUUUGCAGGAUCACCUAAUGCAUCUGUCUCCCCACAAAGUGAUUCUGGCAUCUGGGGUUAUGGAUCACAUGGUUCAUCACGAAGGGGUGUUCGUGGAAACUUUGUUCCCCCAAUCAGAUCAAAUAGUACCAAUUCUGGAAACGUGACUUCCCGGAUUGCUGGAAAGUCUGAUGAUGGAUUAGAUGACUCAACAAAGAGAUGCUUGGAAAUGCUUUGCGGUCCUGAUGGUGAACUUCCAGAGAAAUUGAGGAACUUGGAACCUCGCCUCAUUGAACAUGUCAGCAAUGAGAUUAUGGAUCGAGAUCCUAAUGUUCACUGGGAUGAUAUAGCCGGUCUAGAACAUGCUAAAAAAUGUGUGACAGAGAUGGUCAUCUGGCCUUUGUUGCGCCCUGACAUAUUCAAAGGUUGCCGAGCUCCAGGAAGAGGAUUGCUUCUCUUCGGUCCACCGGGUACAGGAAAGACAAUGAUUGGAAAAGCUAUUGCUGGGGAAGCAAAAGCGACUUUCUUCUACAUAUCUGCUAGUUCAUUAACCAGCAAAUGGAUUGGGGAAGGUGAAAAGCUGGUGAGGGCCCUUUUUGGAGUUGCCAGUUGCCGUCAGCCUGCUGUAAUUUUUGUCGAUGAGAUUGAUUCACUUCUCUCUCAGCGGAAGUCAGAAGGUGAACAUGAAUCUAGCAGACGUCUCAAAACACAGUUCCUCAUUGAAAUGGAAGGUUUUGACAGUGGCAGUGAGCAAAUUCUUCUUAUAGGGGCAACAAAUAGACCCCAAGAGCUUGAUGAAGCAGCAAGAAGACGACUUACCAAAAGACUCUAUAUUCCCCUCCCUUCAUCAGAAGCAAGAGCAUGGAUCGUGCGUAACCUCCUGGAGAAGGAUGGACUCUUCAAGCUUUCUGAGGAUGAUAUAAAUGCCAUAUGCAAGUUAACUCUCGGGUACUCAGGAUCGGAUAUGAAGAACUUGGUAAAAGACGCGUCUAUGGGCCCACUGAGAGAGGCCCUUAGACAGGGGAUCGAAAUUACUAAGCUGAAGAAGGAAGAUAUGCGUGCUGUAAUGCUUCAGGACUUUGAGACGGCGAUGCAAGAGGUGAGACCCUCCGUAUCCUCCAAUGAACUCGGUAUCUAUGAGGAAUGGAACAAACAGUUUGGGAGCCUAGCGGUGUAGGAAUUGGUUUUUAUCAUCUUCAGAGAAUGGAUGUAAACAUUAAUCAGAUAAUACAAAACAAACGGUUCUCGCAUGUGUUUAGAACAGCACUGAAAGUAGAAAUCGAGCUUUUAGACUGGGGGGGACCGCAGGCAGCAUCAUUUAUGAACAAGUUUUGCUGAAUCCUCGUUACAGUAAUCCCUCCUAACUACUAACGAUUGCAUUAGUUGUAAUUAUACUAAUCCACAAAGGCAUUUUUCGAUUAUAAAUAGUUUGUGCUCUA